AUGAGUUUUUCACAUUCCAAAGAUGAUAAAGCAUAUCCAGACUUGGAGAAUGCUUAUUCAUCCAGUCAAGUUGUAACUGAAGAUUUGGAUAGAAAGUUAUCGGUUAGAAUAGUUAAUUUAAUCACUAUAGGAGGGGUUAUUGGUAGUGGUCUUUUAUUGGGGACAUCGCAAGCGUUAGCUAAUUCGGGUCCAGUAUCAUUAGUGUUGAACUUUAUUAUUAUGGGUAUAUCGGUUUAUGUAACCAUGAUUUCAUUAGGUGAAAUGGCAAGUUUUAUACCGGUUGCCGGGCUGUUUACUUCAUAUGCUCGUCGUUUUGGUAGUGAGAGUCUUGGUUUUGCAAUCUUGAGUAAUUAUUGGUUUAAUGAUGCUUUAUCAGUUGCUUCAGAUUUAACUGCAAUGUCUUUGGUUUUAGAAUAUUGGAAUUCAAAUUUCCAUUAUUAUAUCGUUUCCAUAAUUGUUUGGGUUGCAUUAUUAAUUUUUAAUCUUUUACCAGUUCGUCUUUAUGGGGAAAUUGAAUAUUGGUUAGCUAUAUUAAAAGUUGUUACUAUUUUCAUCUUUUUCAUCAUUAGUAUCGUGGUUAAUGCUGGGGUCAAUCCAGACCAUGUUUAUAUUGGUUUCAGUAAUUAUCAUGAUACUCCAUUUGUUGACGGGUUCAAAGGUUUUGCUAAAGUUUUUGUCACUUCUGCGUUCACUUAUGGUGGGUUGGAAUCAAUCACCUUAACCGCUGGUGAAACCAAAAACCCAACCAGAAAUAUCCCUAAAACGAUUAAACUUGUCUUUAUUAGAAUUUUGAUUUUUUACGUCUUGACUACUUUUUUCAUUGGUCUUAAUAUCCCAGUUAAUUAUCCUGGUCUUCUGACUAAAUCGGUCCAAACCUCUCCUUUUACAAUUUCGUUCCAUAUGGUUGGUGCUAAAGCCGCUGGUUCUUUUAUGAAUGCAGUUGUUCUCACCUCGUUAAUAUCCGCAGGUAAUCAUGCAUUAUAUGCUGGUUCGAGAUUGGGUUAUACUUUAGGAACUGAGCGUUAUCUCCCAAAAUUUUUAACUAAAACCAAUCGUUGGAAAGUUCCUUAUAUUUCAACAAUAAUAACUUGGUUUAUUGGUGGGUUAUGUUUUGGUGCCUCCUUUGUUGGCGCUGGUACUUUAUGGACUUGGCUUCAAUGUAUUGUUGGUGUUUCUAAUCAAUUCAGUUGGUGGACAAUUGCCAUUAUUAGUAUUAGAUUCCGUCGUGGGUUAGCUAAACAAGGUAAAACUCAUCUAUUAAACUAUGUUAAUUGGACUUAUCCUUAUGGUCCUUGGUUGAACUUGAUCUUUAUUUCUUUCAUCAUUUUAGUCCAAGGUUGGUCCGCUUUUGCUCCUUGGGAUGUUACUUCAUUUUUCCAAAGUUAUCUUGAAGUUGGGGUAUUUCCUUUAUCUUUUAUCAUUUGGUACAUUGUUUAUUAUUUCAAAAAUGGGAAAUUUGACAAAUUUAUGAAAUACGAAGAAAUGGACUUUGAGACUGAUAGAUAUAUCCAAACUCAAGAAGAAAUUGAUCAAGACGUUUAUGAACAAUCAUUAUCCGGAUGGAAAAAAUUCAGAUAUAAUUUCGUCGACAAUUUCUUAUAA